GAGGAAAAAGGCACGUCUGGGAAGAGCAAAGAGGCGCCGAGCAGGCGAGCACCCCAUCGCCGAGGAGAAAGAGGGGCGUGGGCGAGUCCCGGCCUGGGAUUUUAGGCGAGGCGAGCACGCCGACCGGUUCCUCGUGUCGUCAGAGCAGAGUCCCACCGCAGCGAGCAGGCCUCGGCGGCGGCGCGCUAGACGCUAGUGGAGCCGUUCCCCCCCACCCCCCCCCCCCCCCCAAAUUCCGUGCUCCGCUCUUGGGGCGAUGAUGGGGACGCGGGAGCUGCUCCUCGUCCUCUGCCUCCUCGGCGCCGGCAUGGCCGUCGGCGACGCGCAGCCUCCGCCCUCGCCCUCGCCGCCGGCGCCGCCGGCGCAGCAGACGCCGUUCGGGCGCACCAUGUCGACGUUCAUCACGGUGGCCAUCAGCGUCUUCUUCUUCCUGCUCUUCCUCUGCGCGUACGUCAACCAGUGCCGCCUCGCGGACCCCGGCGCGCACGGGGAGGCCGCGGCGGCGGGGGCCGGUGCCGGGGGCGCGUCCAGGAGGGGGAAGCGCGGGCUGGACCCCGCGGUGGUGGCCACGUUCCCCAUCGUGUCCUACAGGGAGGUGGUCGCGCACAAGAUCGGCAAGGGCGUGCUCGAGUGCGCCGUGUGCCUGACGGCGUUCGAGGACGACGACGACCUCCGCCUGCUGCCGCACUGCUCCCACGCCUUCCACCCGGAGUGCAUCGACCCCUGGCUGCAGUCGCGGGUCACCUGCCCGCUCUGCCGCGCCAACCUCGAGAAGCCGGCGCCGGCGCCGGCGGUGUCGCCCCCGUCGCCGCGGGAGCAGGUGGCUGCGGCGCAGCGCCAGCCCUCGCCGCCGCCGGAGGCCGUGACGAUUCCGGUGCUGGGCGAGGGCUCGGCGGAGGAGGAGGACAGCGACGAGGACGACCGGAAGGAGGAGGCCGUCGAGCUCGAGAUGCUGCGCAGCGCGCGGCGCGCGGCGAGGAUGCCGCGGUCGCACUCGACGGGGCACUCGCUCUUCGCGGCGGCGGCAGCCGCCGCCGAGGAGGGCGACCACGAGCGGUUCACGCUGCGGCUUCCGGAGCACGUCCGGGAGCAGGUGCUCCGGUCCCGCCGCCUGAGGCACGCCACCAGCCUGAUCAACCUCUCCGACAUGAGCUCCGAGGGCAGCUCCCGAGGCGGACGCCGCCUGGGAGGAGGAGGAAGCUUCGGCAAUGGCAACGGCAACGGCGGCGGCGGGAGCAGCCACGGCGGGCGGCGGUGGCAGUCGUUCCUGGCCCGGACGGUCUCGUGGGCGCGAGGCGGUGGCGACGGGUCGGUGCGGAAGGGGUGGGACGGGUCCACGAGGAGGGGAAGGGACGACGGCGAGUCCAGCAGGAAGUGCUCGGCCACGCCGCCCCCCGCGGGCCGGCCGUGACCGACGGCGCCGCGCCACCACCACCGCCACCGCGGCACGGAGUGUGCUUGACUGUAAAAUUCGACAAGUUUGUGCGUUUUUUUCCUAAUCAUUUGUAUAUUGUAUUUGUUUAUGUCUAGGAAUAUUUGGCGAUAGCGUGAUAGCGGUCUGUGAAUUUCGCUAACUUUUCUAGCUUUAGUUUACUUCUGCAAGGCGCGGUUUGCUUGCCCUGUAGAUUUCGUGGGCUUGAAAAUUGACAAGGAGAGUGAUCAGUUCAGAGAA